GUCAUUAUUAUUGUGGUCGUACAUAAAAUAUUUCAUACCUGUAAAGCCAUGAAUUUUUUUCUGGAUUGUUUUUGGGCAUGAAAGGACUUCGAUUUUCAUGGUUGCAAUGGCUAGUAACUACGAAUGACGUAAAGCAGUUAUGGGCAGCUCAACCGACUUUUUUAAUCUCACAGGCGGUAUACAUUCUUGCGGGUGUAAUUACUUUAAUACAUGCUUUCAGUAAAGGUGGGAGGUGGCCUUACUUUUGGUUAGGGACUGUACUGCAUGGAGUUUAUGCGGAUAAUUUCUGGCAUUUUGUUCUACCCGAAUAUGACAACUUCUGGCAUUCGCAGACGCCUGUUAUAUUCCUCGGAGCUCGUCUGCCCUUGCAUAUAAUCUUAUUAUAUCCAGCAUUCAUUUAUCAUGCCGCAUAUGCAGUGCAUAAACUAAAUUUACCAAGGUAUGCGCAACCGUUUGCUGUAGGCCUGAUAACAGUACUAAUUGACAUUCCAUACGAUAUAGUGGCCGUUAAAUUCGUCCAUUGGACAUGGCAUGAUACGGACCCGAAUAUUUUCGACCGUCACUAUUGGGUGCCAUGGAAUUCCUAUUAUUUCCAUUGCACAUUUGCAUCCAGUUUCUACUUCUUCUUUGACUCGAGUAGAAGAUGGCUGGCCCCUCGAGUAGCGCAGUGGUCUUCCGCAACAAAAGGAGUCGAGUGGAAGUCUUUGAUGAUAGCGACACUGUUGGGCAUGCCUGGUGGCGUUCUAUUGUUUAUUCCCAUUUACCACCCACUACAUGACGUGUACAAAUUACACUCGGAAGUUACUUUCUCCCUGUUAUUCUCCAUUUAUUUUGUUGUAGUUUUGUUAGGCCUUCUCAGUGACCGUGAGAAAAAUAAAGAAAAGCUUACAAAAAUUGAUUACGUGUUGAUAUUACAACUCGCUGUUCACUAUAUAACCUACUGGGUGUUUGUGGUGUUUUUCAACCCUGAGAAGGAGUGGUCUUCAGGUUUACACGAGCCUGUCGGCCCUUGUAAUGAAGUGGCUUCGUUAACUUCACCCUUUGGACAGACUUUGUACAAGAGGAAAUAUUUCUGUCCUAAAGAUUAUAAUGAGGAAUAUUUUGACUUUCAUUGUGUCGGCGGAAAAUUGCCACCAAAUGGCGCCAAUUGGUAUACCAUCUGUGGAACGCCAUUUGAAAACCGUGUCGAAUAUAUAACCGUGCUGUCAACCAUACUUAUUAUGGCGUCAGGAGUCUUUUACGGAAUUUACUUCAAGACAAUACAAACGACAGCGGCACCUGUUUCUAAAAAAAUGAAAACAAAAUAAAUUAUUUCAUUGUUGUGUUAAAAUUGAAUACAUUAAUUAC